GAGACCGUACUACUCUCAGAAUAAGCCCCGCUGUGUUCAUCUUCAACAGCACAUGAGUAUCUCACACUUACACAUGACAAGAUGCUCUUGUCCCAGGCCUUGCUUUUCCAGCCAGGUUCCUCACCUGUAAGGCCAUGGCCCAUCGCUGCAAAACAUACCAGCCUUUCACUUUAACCUAGGAUUUUUCUGUUGGUAAACUUCAGUUUUCAUCCAUGAAGUGUCUGCUCAGACAGGAAAGGGACUCUUUGGGAAUGAUCCGCACUGACCAUGCAAAUUGGAGUGAAACACACAUCAAGAGAUUUGCAUUUAAGCAAAUCCCAAACAAGGUAUCAUGGAGACAUCACUACAUUGUCAAAAACAUAUUUCCAUCAGGCUCAACUGGAUCUUUACCAGUGGAGUAUGAGCACAGACUUCACUCUGCGCUGGGAGGUUCAUGACAGACAGCCCUUCUACAAACUCCUGCAGAGUCCAAGAGCUGGGACUUGUCAGCAGUGACAAUGGAAACAGUCCCUACAGAUUUUGGCAAACGGGUGUACCAAGGAGUGAGGGUGAAGCACACAGUCAAGGACCUUCUUGCUGAGAAACGAUCCAGGCAGAGCAGUGCCUCCCACUUCAGUGGCAGCAUCAGCACACCACAGUCAUCAUUUGUCCAAAUGCCAGGCUCACCUACCACAGCUGGUUACUAUGGCGUCAGGAGAUCCUUCACCACAGAGUUGGAUUUCCACAACACAAAGCAGUUUGUCAGUGAUGUCUACUCAUCCCCUCUAGGCUCCAAGCCCUUCUCUAGCGAUUCGUCUGCCACUCAGGCAUUCCCAGCACUUCUGGACCAGUAUCUCACAGACCAGUAUGGGGAUUACCGUGCUACUCCCCUCACAGCUGGUACCAGCUCCUUCUUCAGCCCUUCUGUGCCCCCUCUCCUGCCAUCUUUACCUAAUGACACAACGCACUUCCUACUAAGAGAGCCCUGGGAGCAGACCUCACCCGACAGUCUCAGCCAGCUGGAUGGUGCAUGCUCAGACCCUCUGCAGCCACUGCCUGCCAGUGCCAGCUGCCUCUCCUCACAUGAAUCAGGAAGCAUUUCCCCAUACCGAAGCUCAGGUUGGACCGCAGCCAUCCCCGGAGCCCAGCCCUACCCUUUGCACCCUCUUGAAGAUGUCCACUACUCCCCCAGCUAUGCUGCCACCUCACCCUACACCUUCUCACCAAUCAUGACUGUGGCAAAUGAGCUUACCUCCGGGAUGAGCCACCUCUCAACAGAGCAGUCCUCAGAGACAUCACCUCUGCAUGAUAACUCUGCCUGGGCAAAAGAUGAUGGAAGUCCCAUCUGGGGGACUUAUGAAGGCCGGAGAACUUAUUGAUGAGAGUUAAGAGCUGGAGUAAAAGAAGAAUGGACCAUUAUUGAAGCAAAUUAAUUACUUGUGUGCUUUUUCCUAAAGAUGGUCCUUUAAACAGAGGAUGCUAAUGCUGUACAGUGCU